GGCACCCCUUCUGCCCUUUACAGGGCAUAGUAUUCCUGGGCUGUACUGCCUGGGAGGGGUUGCUGCUGGGGCUGCACAAAUCCCUUCACUCCCUUGCAGAGCUUACGCUGGGUCUAGCCAGGCCCUACGUUGUGACGCAUGGGUCAUUGGGUUCUUACAUUAUAUAGCUUUAUAUCAUGUCCCAGAGUUGCCCUCGUCAUCUACAAUGAUGACAUUCUCUCGGACGAAGCCUCAUGGAUCAAAGACAUUAAGUUGUCUGACGACGAGAGGACUUUCCACGAGGAAUAUGCUACCGCACACCCUACGCAUGCUCAAGAUGAACACAACGUCGACACACUACCCCCAUUUGUACCACUCCAUCCAUCCUCGUCACUUGUAUCAAUGCCUCUCGAUUUGCCCACCUUCGCCUCCGAUGCUUCUGUCGUGGUCCACAACAACAAUUUCCUCUUUGACGAAGCCGAGCAUGAAUACGACAUCGACACCCUACCCCCAUUUUUCCCAUUCCAUACAUCCUCGUCACCUGUAUCUCAAUCAAUGUCUCUCGAUUUGCCGAUUUUCGCCUCGACCUGUAACCACGAACCGGCAUGCACUACACCUGACAAACACGAACACCAUGGUGACUUCAACAUCCUACCCGUCACAACAACAGCUAUCGACGUCAACUAUGGACCCUCACUACGAACACUAACUUUGAUACUGACCUGCCUCUUCCUGGAUCCACACACCCUGCUGACGCAUUGGCUCAGAAGCCGAAGGCCACCCACUCCCCCCGAAGUGACCAGAAGUCCCUCUCAGACAAACUCAGGUCCGCCAGACAGCAAAAGCGCAAACUUCAGCUUCCCAAUCCCAACCGCCGCCACCGCAUUUUCACUACUCUAGCAAACACAUUUCAUCAUAACAUUUCACACCCACCCGCUUCACUUCGGCGCACAGAAGCACCGCCGCCUAGCCAGGAUAAACCUCACAGGCCACGAGAGCCAAAGAGAAUGCCACAUGCCGCACCACAACCAUUUCA